GUGACUACCCGUGACGCGAAAAAAUGCUCGACGUCGUGGUGCUUGAAUCGCGCGUCUCUUAGCCGACGGGGAAAGCGGCCGAAACUAUGCUAGAUGACGAUGUUGACGACCAACAACAACCUUUUGUUUAAAGCGACCGUGCUCGCGCUAUGCGUUAUAUCGUUUGUGCACGUUUUCUUGUUUCCCCUGUACGACGUGGAGUCCGCGAGGGGCACGGCUAAGACCUACGCGGAUUUCGAGCAGAGUCUCUGCAUGAACAACAUCAAGCGAAGAAAGGUGUGGCGACUGUCCAGGUGUCCCCAGUACGGUAUUGUUACAAUCAUGCAGGGAGGAAGGCUAGGAAACCAGAUGUGGGAGUACGCGUCAGUAUGGGCAGUAGCGCGGCGCACGGGGCUCGAGCCUUACGUGCCACGAUGCAUCCGACUCAAGCUGGACCAAAUAUUCGAACAGCUCACGGUGCCGGCAUUCGAAGAGAUCGCCCAUUGUCCCGUCGAAAUCGGUGCUUUUGUGAAAUCGAUAGAGGCGUGGACCUUCACGAACCAGAGCAUCAUAUUACCGCGGUAUUCGAUACAACCUGAGCUGGUGCUUACGUGGGUCCAAGAUAUCGUCCGCGAGUUCACGUUGCGCAGAAAACUGCGCGACAAGAGUCAGCAGGUGCUGCGCGGGUUCGUCAAGAACUCCGCACACGUCAACCACACCUUCGUCGGCGUUCACGUUAGACGUACAGAUUACAUAGGCUACUUGAUGAGAAAACACAACGCCCGCCCCGCCGACAUAACCUUCUACUUGAACGCGAUGAAGUACUUCGAGGCGAAGUAUACGAAUGUGACGUUCGUGUUCGUCAGCGACGACCCCGCCUGGUGCGCGCGCAAGUUCGCGCACAAGGCCAACGUGUUCGUAGCAUCUAACAGGCACAAAAACACGCCGGCCUUGGAUCUGGCGAUCCUGGCGGCCUGCAACCAUUCGAUCUACGAUUACGGCACUUUCGGCGAAUGGGGCGCCAUCCUGACCGGCGGCGAAACCGUGUACUACAAUCUCACGCACCACUCGUCCGCCAAGAUCGGGGAGAUCAUGAAAAACUGGCACGCCCUGUAACGGGGCGCCGUAUUUUUUUAAUUCCACAAAAAGGCUGACCACAAAAAAGAACCGUUUAUUUUUCUAUCCUACUAAAAAGAUAAAACUUCUAUCAGGUAAUUUAGUUUAGCGCCAAAGCCCCCUAUAAUUCAACCGUUCACGUUUAUUUGUCUAUUGUCGUGCGCACAUAUACAGGGUGAUUCGCGGUGGACGCGUGGACCGAUGCGACGUUGUGGCGUCUUCGAAAAAAUACGAUAUUUAAAAUUGCACGUCCCGUAUUAGGAUCGCACCUUCCAAAGUAUACUUUUUCAAAAUUCCAAACUUUUUUUUUUCUAAGAAAACAUUCAAUUAUAUUUAAUGAUUUUAAAAUAUAGAUUUUUCUCUCGAUAACUAUUAAAAACUGUAAGUUUUAAAAAUAUUGUACUAAUAAAUAGACUGUUUUCAUAAAAAUACAAAUCUUUCCGAAACAAAAAAAUGGAUUUUUAAACAUGCACAUUUAACACCACAACACCCGAUAAAUCUGAAACGGUGUGCGGUGUUUAAUAUUACUUUUUAUUGAAAAUUGGGCCCACCACAAUAAAUAAGUUUUUGUCUAUCAUUUUUAAAAAGAGGAGUUAUCAUUUAUCCAGCCCAAUUUGACCCGGCCUGUCCAGAAAACUAAUGGGAAUGGCGGAAGAAAAAUGUAUUACUGAAGUGGUCGAUUUCCAGGACGAUCGCCAGAAAGCGUAACCGCCAAUCUUAAACAUUUAAAGUCAUAUUUCUCUGAAGUCUCCCUCCCCCCUAGCUUUAUUUUGGUGUUUUGUCACCUAUUUAUAACAAAAAGUGGUCGGGGAUGGUUCUUUUUUUUUUUUUGAACAGCUGAAACACCUAAAUGACUAAACGAAUUUUAACAAACUUGGCCUCGUUGGAAAAGGCAUUUUUCUACUCCCUUCUGUAAUUAUACACCGAUCUAGCGUGCGGGAACCGUCAGUUUACCACGUGAAUCUCUAGUUCCACGGAUCCGAGCUACCUCGGACAUUUCGGCUUGAAUUUUGACGUGUGCCAAUUUUGACGGCCAUGUCAGUGAAUGUAUUCGUGUUGUUUUGCAAAAAUAUAGUAUACAACACGUUUUAUAAACUUUUUAAGUCACUCUUUUAGUAAACAAUUAAACGAAUAAACUGCCUUCAUCAAACCAGUCGUAUCUGUCUAGUUCUUAGAGUUGCCGCUAGAGCGCGUUUUUUGUUACACAAUAACACAACUGAAUGCAGUAAAAUGACUUUUCUUCAUAAACAUGUAGCGAAAUUAUACCUAGAUUUCAGAGAAAUCUAGACCGUAAACAUUUAAGAUAGCGGUUACGCUCCUUUAGUCGUAAAUUUUGUUUACAGAAAAUCACGAUGACUAAAAUUUUUUUGGAGUGACGCCGCAUCGCUGUAUAAAUAUGUCCUCGCACCAUGAACCACCCCGUAUAAGCGGACGAAUUUCGCAAGAGAGAGAAGGGAGUCUGGACCAUUCCAAAGGUGCACCUCAAGGCCCCGUCGCGGGGCCCCUAUCGCAUUUGUUUAUUCGUCGCUUGUCUGUGUAAUCAGCCUCGAAGCGUAUUUAUAUACUGAGUGUGCCAAAAUUGUAUGCUUUAAGAUGGUAUUUCGUAUCUGUGAUCUACUAAAGAAAAACUUAUAUAUUUCUUCCACUAACCAGGUGUACAGUAUGUGCGGAUUUUAUUUCAAUACGAAACGAUAUCGGUGGAUCUAAUUCGAGACCCAGAAAAAUUAGUAAAAAAGUCGUUAUUUACCAAACGAACGUGCCAAACUUUUUCCAAUGUAAAAAUUUCCGAAAUCCGAAUACACUGUCUACCACGCCUCCGAACAUAAAAUAUAGCUAAGUGUGACCUGACAGUAUUUAUAUAUAUUCAGAUCUACCGUAUAUGUAUACUGUAUAAUAGUUCUAUUUGUAAAUAUACUAUAUCUCUGUGAUACAAAUUCUACAAUCAAGACGUUAUUUUCUUUCGCAGCUAGGAACGACAAAUCGUUAAGACUAAAACGUGUGUGAAAUAGUUUAAAAAUAAAUUGGA